AUGGCCGCACGCAAAUGCACACGCUUUUCAGGCAUAGAAUCGGCAGGCAAAUAUUUGCCACCUAUAUUCCAAACGCUGCCACUCGUGUCGUUAGAGAAGGCGAUUGAACCACUCGUAGAUAUCGUUACGUCGAUUAGCACAAAUGCAAGAACUGCUAAACAAUACUGUUUAAAAGAUACAAGAUAUGGUUUAACCCAUGACGAAUCGGCAGCAAUCUAUUUAUAUUCGAUGGAAACUGGAAAUGAUAGUUUCUAUUCGUGUCUGAAUGCGGCACUGCGUGGCGAACAUGGAUCCAGUGACCUAAAAUUUUAUUUAUAUCUGAAACUACUCGACGCAGCUACAAAUAAACUGCCGUCCUUGUCCGAUGAUAUCUUCCGUGGUGUUGAUAAAGAUCUAAGUCGACUGUUUAAAGAAGGACAAGAGAUCACAUGGCCGACUGUCAGUUCUUGUUCGACAAAAAUGAAGGUCAUCGAAGAUUUUCUUGGUGAUGAGACAGGUGGAAGUUGCACUUUAUUUUUAAUUCAGUGUGUAAGAGGAAAAGACAUAUCGGCAUUUACGCGUUAUACACAUGAAAAGGAAAUCAUUUUAAUGCCUGGUACACAGUUGCGUGUUGUAUCAAGUUUGGAUAAAAACUUACAUGUGAUUCAUUUGAAACAGAUCGGUGGUGAUAUCGGCGAAAGUGUCCGUACCACAGUCAUUCAAAAAACAACUGAAACAAUCAAUUAUCCAAACGGAAAUAAAUACGUAGGAGAAGUAAAUGUGAUAGAUAAACCAAAUGGAACGGGAACAAUGUUCUACAAAGAUGGUGAAUUGAAAGAUGAUCGUUAUAAUGGUGAAUGGAAGUGUGGUAAGAAAGAUGGACAUGGUAUUUACGAUUUUGCCGUAGGAAAGAAGGAAAGAAAGUAUGAGGGUCGAUUUGAAAACGAUCUAUUCAGUGGUCGUGGACAUAUGACUUAUUCGAACGGCUGUCUAUACGACGGGAACUGGAUUAGCGGAAAUCGUGAUGGCCGAGGGGUGUACACAUGGAAAGACGGUGACCGGUAUGAAGGACAAUUUGUAGGCGGAAAGAUCAGUGGACACGGUGUGAAGCGUGAUAUAUGUGGUGAUAUAUGGACGGGUGAAUGGGAAGAUGGUAAAAAACAUGGAUAUGGUAAGUAUACGUAUGCAAAUGGAGCGGUAAAGAUGGGCAAAUGGAAUAUGGGCAGAGAAAUUAAGGAACAAUAA